CCACGGCCGGCGAGCACGACGCGCUGUCCGAGUGCGCCAGCAUGCGGCUCGACGAGCUGGGCGUGACCGUGUCGGCCAGAACCGAGCUGCUGUCGGUGGCGUCGCGGGCCCGGAGCGACGCGGACAGCGAGUCCACGGUCGACAACGCCGCAGAUGCGCAACGGGAGGAAGCGGACGAGGAGAUCCAGCGGGAGAACCAGGACGGCGGCGCGCAGCAGCAGCAGCAGCCGGAACCCGCGAUGACCGAGCUGGAGAAGCGGCUGGAGGACCUGGAGCUGUUCGUCGGGAAAAAGAGCACGGGUGCGCUGACCACGCACAUCAUUGGCCCCUAUUCCGGUCUGGCGCGUGUCACGGCCCAUGUCUACUGGGACGGCGAGCAGCGAGACCGGAACUGGCCGUCCCCGUGGGAAGACAUGGAAAAGGGAUUUGUGGGCAUCUCACACGCCGCCUUCGAAAUGUACAAGAGGAAGAAGUACAUACGCAAGCCCCCGCGGUCCGAGUACGAGUCCCCCGAUUCGGAAGACUACGUCUUGCUUGACCCGGAGAGCCACGCCAAGCUGGAGAACGCCAAUCCCGGGACCGUCACCGUCGAGGGGUUUGGACUCGAGUGCUGGGACUUUGAGGAGACCAAGCCGAGGAGCCAGACGAUCAUGGUCAACAGUUCGAAGCUCCCCGUCCUGCGCGCGUGCACGCUGCUGCGGAGGCUGAAUGAGAUCCAGAAGAAAGCAGGCAAGUUCGGAUGGAGCCCAACCACGGAGGAGCUGAAUCUCAAGGAGUUUGUCGGCACGCUCGGCAUCGUCUACUACGACCAGAAAUACGCCAACGACCCCAACCGCUGGAUCGGCGAUCUCUACGGCGUCAUGAACCGCACCGACAUCUUUGCCAACUUCCUGACCGAGUCCAGCGUCGGCCUGCAAUGGGCGAGCCCUGCCAGCGACGACUUCAUCGGCAUCUGGAACUUCCUCCGGCAGAUCAUCCUGAGCUGGGAGCUGGCCGUGAGGCUGGAGCAUCUAGACGGCGGGCGCUCUUACACGGGCUUUACAGAGCGGAUUCUUGCCAACCUCAUCAUCUCCGACCUGUGGCUGAAGCAUGUGGAGAUCAUCCUCACCGACCAGAAGAUCCCCACGGAGGGCCUGAAGAAACCCGACACCGCCGAAGAGAAAGCCGAGGCGGAAGAGUUCAAGGAGAAGGGCAAUGACGCUAUGAAGCGUGGCGAGUACCAGAAGGCCAUCGAUCUGUACACCGAGGCCAUCAAGAUCGACCUCAGCAAUGCCGUGUACCGAUGCAACCGGUCGGCAGCGCUCAUCGAGAUGCACGAGUUCGAGGCGGCCGAGGAGGACGCUUACAUCGCAACCCAACUGGACCCCAAAUACGCCAAGGCGUGGUCCCGGAUGGGCCUGGCCAUUCUCAAGCAGGGACAAGGCAAGCGGGCAAAGAAGGCAUACGAGAUGGCCCUGCAAGUCGCGGGCAGGGAUGCAACCCCUGCCAUGCGCAAGGGGCUAGCCGACGCCGAGACGAGGAUCAAGGAAGCGGUCGAGGCCAUCAACACGGAAGCCGACGACGAGAAGGCGCACAACUUAAGAUCUGCGUUCCUCGACGAGGACUGGGAGAUCAUGGGCAAGACGCCAGAGCUGCAUUCUCUCGUGCACGAGCAGCAGGUGGAGGGCCUGCUCCUCUUCGCCGAGCGCAUCAAGUGGCCGUACAUCAACGAGGUGCGCGACUAUGCUGAGGACGCCUACGCCACCAUCCGCGGCGGAGGCACCAUCAACAUCCACCUGCACGACUGGCUCUUCGGGCUCACCCUGCCCGGAAAGUGGUUCGCCUUCAAGAUCAUGACCGCGCUCGUCCUCUGCACGCCGAGCAUCCGCGACAAGGUCGGCAUCGCCCACUACUACGAGUGCGGCCUCUCGCUGCCCACGCGCUCGUACUGGCGCGUCAGGACGGUGCUGGGCCGCGUGCUGGGCUGCCUGCCGGGCGUGGUCUCGCUCUGCGGCUGGAUCGGGCCCUGCCCAAAGGUCGAUUUCGACCCGCCUCUACCAGCCAAACCGCGGCACAUCCGCAUCAAAACCCGCCGCGUGGCCACGGUCGAGCACAAGUCCUCCGCGUCCGCCGCCGACGGCGUGCUCGACCUCGGGGGCGGCGGCCACCACGACCGCUACUCGGCCACGCGCAUCCAGCCCGACGAGGAAAUCGACCCCUACCUGGCCGACAUGAAGGACCCGUCCAAAUGGAUCAUCCCCGAACCGCCCGUGCGCGACAUUAGCACCUGCUCCAUCGACUCCAUCACGCUGACCAAGCUGCCCCUGCGCACCGACGUCGCCCACAAGGCCGCCGCCACCACCACCGCUACCGCAUCCCCCUCCUCGGACGCAGCACUCCUAGACAUUGAAAACGAAACAGAAUACCGAGCCAGCAUUGCCUUCCGCCGCGACGACAACUCCCCUGAGCCCAUCAUCGUCUACAAGCUCUACACCAACCCGGUCUUCGUCACCCCGCCGCCCUGCCACCCAGGAGGACCCAAGGGUAGUGGUGCUUCUUCUUCCUCCCACGAGGUCCACAUGCGCGAGCUGCGCUACUACCAGAAUAUCUGGCCCGUCGAGCGGCUGAAGGAGCAUACCCCCGAGAUGGACGAUCUAAUGAAUGGGGGUGAGGGUGACGGCGAGGGCGAGGCGGAUCGGGCGCCCGUCAUGGUUAUAAAUGCCACGGGCAAGGGGGCCGAGGUGUUGGCGCGGGCGUGGUGUUCGGAGCGUGGGCGCAACGCGGUCAUUCGGCGGGCUGGGGGCCCGUGUUUUGUUUGUGCUGUUAGGGCGGCUGCGCGGGGAGGGGGGUUGGGGACUGGGGUUUUGAUUUGGACUGAGUGAAUUUACUACUCUAGUAAUACUGGGUUGUUUCUUUCGUGUGUUCUUUACUAUGCUAGGUAGGUACUACCUAGGCUUUCCGGUUACUUUGGGUAUGAUGUUAGGGCAGAUGAUAUCCCCUUUCCUUAGAGAUCGGCCUUCUCGAAACACCAGUUAUUACGCUCCCAGAAUGCCAUGUCUCUCCUUACCAGUAAGUGUGAGACUUGAAUCUUAAGCCUUGCGCGGUGUAGCCCAAGGACCAUGCCUACUGACUAUCCAAAAAGGGGCUAGCUGGUGCUUGAUGUCCUUCGGUCACACUCCUUUGUAACACCCACCAGAAGACAGAUUCAAGCCUAUCAGAGACCCAUUACUCGCUAUAGUUGCUUUGCGUUGUCAUAUGCCGGCAUUUCAUCUGUCGGGGCCGGGUUUGUUAAGGUAAUCAAGACGCUCCUGAUUUGGCGGAUAAACG